CUCCCUCCCUCUCCUCCCAACAACAGGCAAACAAGAACAACACCACCCUCCUUCCCAAUUACAAAAGACAUUGUUAUUAUGAUAGUAAAAAUAAAAGAAAAGGUGGUAGAUGCAUGAGUGAGUAAAACACCAACUACUUGGUUCUAUAUAUUAUUCAGAAGAAGAAUCAUCUCUCUUUCUCUUUCUCUCUCUCUUUCCAUUCUUACCAUCUUCCUUUUGUAAUCCACACAAAUAAAACCACCCCAUCCCACCUCCCUUCUUUGUUUUGAUUUCCGCCUCGGUUUCCACGCACCGCCAACUACUACUAUUAUCUUUCUUUUAUUAUUCUCUCUCUCUCUCGCUCCCCUUUUUUUCCUUCUUCAAGGAGAACCAGAAACAGCCAUGGUGAGCAUUCGAAGACGCAAGCUCUUAGGAAUGUGCUCUGGAAGAAGUUCUUUCUUGGCUCCACUCUCCUGUGCUUUUGAGCAUGGACACACCCCUGAAAACUGUGCUGAGAGUACCAAAUCCGUCAGUGUUCAUCCACUGCCUUUAAAUGAUAAUUACAAGCCAAACGAAGAAACCACCUCAGAAACUGGCCCUGGCUCAUCAAACUUGUCUGCUUCCAGCCCGCCAAAAGAGCACCUAAUCCAGCAAUUCCCUGAGAUCAAACGCAGAAAGCGACACAGGAGGAAGCAAGUGGAAAAUCAAGAGCAAUGUGUCAUGCGAGGUGUCUAUUUCAAGAAUUUAAAAUGGCAAGCUGCCAUUAAAGUCGACAAGAAGCAGAUCCAUUUGGGAACUGUUGGCUCUCAAGAAGAGGCUGCCCGAUUAUACGACAGGGCUGCGUUCAUGUGUGGAAGGGAGCCAAAUUUUGAACUAUCCGAGGAGGAAAAACAGGAAUUACGGAAGUUUAAAUGGGAUGAGUUUCUAGCUAUGACUCGUUCCGCCAUCACUAACAAGAAAAGCCAGAGAAGAAGUGGGACGGUGCCACGAAGAAAAUUUGAAGAGAAUGAAUGGGAGGGCGAGCAAGGACGCAAUGGUUUUUCAGCCUCAGAAGAUGAUGCAUUAGCCCCUUGAUUUACCUCUUUUUCCAACACGGGCUGAAACAUUCAUUUGAGCCCUGGCAGCCAUAUUAGAUCUUAUUCAAUUCUUGGUAUAUAUAAGAGCCCCUAUUAGGGCAGUUCAUGUGGAAUUCUUGGCAAGAAAGCAGAUUGCCAUGUUGUGGUGCAUUAACAGAUGAAUCACAAUUUGAUGUCAUCAUUAUCAUCCCUAGAGUGGAGCGUGGAUCUACUGUGACAAUGCAUGUUUCUACAUGAGUGAUAGUUAACCCAUAGCAACAGCCAGACAUACAUAGUGUUGAUGUGGUAUAAUUCUUAUUUGAUGUAUCACACUCGGUUCAUAUUUCUUUCAAGUAAAUUAUUUCAUUAUAGUC